AUGGCCACCACCACUACCACACCCGCACCAUUUCCCUUCCCACCAACCUACAACUUCCCCCCCUUCUUCACCCCCCAACCAAACACCACAACCCGCCACUCCCAGCUCCACAAAUGGUCCCUCCUAAUCCAAGCCUGGUGCCGCCAUCACCGCCAAUACCGACUGAAUCUCAUCGAGGCAGUUGACACGCCGCUCUUCCACAACGCGGCGCUGCACAAACGCCUGGAUCUGCGCGAGGCGCGCGCGGUGGUCGACUGGAUGUGUAGGUCGGAGGAGGAGGGUGGUGGCGGGAAGCGCGCUGAGUGGAUUGAUGCCGAUGGUCCCAAAUCGGUUGCUUGGAUCUGGUGGCGUAGGCCGGAGGAGUGGGCGGAUGUUGUGAGCGAGUGGGUCGAGGGGACCGGGCAGAAGGGAAGUGUGUUGACGGUUUAUGAGAUUGUGCAGGGGGAGGGGUCUGCGUCGCAAGAGUUCCAUGGGAUGGAUAUUGAGCUCAUGCUCAAAUCCCUGCAGGUUCUGGUCAAACGCGGCAAGGCACAGGUCUUCGGCAGCGAGGGCCAAGAGGGUGUCAAGUUCUUUUAA